GAGGCACACAGGGAAACUAAGAGAAUCCGUCACAACAAAUCUUCUCCAACAAUCAAGGAAGUGGAAAUACCGAGUGCAUUUUACCCCACACAUGGCCGUGUAGUUUUUAACAAACAGAAGUUCUGCAACAGCCAACAAAGUUCUGGGCGCGGAGGCAGACGGGGUCCUCGCUCUAAAGGAUGGACCACUUCAUAAGGAGCAGGUCGCGCAGAAGAAUACCGCUAUUUAUUUUUAUCCUACUUCACCUAACAACGGCUCAAACUGCUGAUCCUGUUGAUGUUUUGCGAGUUCUCGGGCUGUCAGAGAACAUGGAGGGGGUUUCCUUGGAGGCUGGUUUCUGCACUAGCAGGAGGGGCACGGAGGAGGCGGACCUGGCUUACAAGAUCAAAAAGAUCCAGCUCAGCACUCCCACUAAACAGCUAUUCCAUGAUUCCACUUUUCCUGAGAAUUUCUCCCUGAUGGCUACCGUAAGAGCUAAAAAGGGCUCCCAGUUCUUCCUUUUUUCAGUGUAUGAUGACCAGGGGGUGCAGCAGGUGGGGCUCGAGGUGGGUCGGUCCCCUGUCUUUGUGUACGAAGACCAGCAUGGGCAGCCCACUCCACAACAGUAUCCUAUUUUCAGGAAGAUCAACACAGCAGAUGGAAAAUGGCACAGGAUAGCCUACAGCAUUCUUGACAAGACUGUGACCCUUUACUUGGACUGCCAGAAGGUGGAAACUCUGGAUCUGCAACGGGGGGACGAUGCUGUGGUCAGCACUGAGGGAGUUAUUGUUUUUGGAACACGGCUGCUGGAUGAAGAAGUUUUCGAGGGAGAUAUUCAGCAGCUGAUGGUUGUGGAUGACCCCCAGGCUGCUGGCAACUAUUGUGUGAACUUCAUACCAGAUUGUGACUUGGCUUUGCCAUACACCAGUCAAACUCUGGACCAGCAGGAGAACUCUCAUCUUGAGUUAAUGCAAAGUGGCCAACCAACUGAACCAAGUAAGCUCUCUAAGAAGGACAGAAGAGGCAAAAAAAACAAAAAGAAGAGGCACAAAAGCUCUAAAGGAAAACGCAAAGGCAAAGGGAAGGGCAAGAAGGGGUCCAGAAAGAAGAAGCAUGAAGAGAAGGGUCCAGAGGAAGACUUUCUCAGAGUAACUACAACACCUGCUGAGUUUCAGCCACAGGAACCUUUCCAGCCCACAGAACUACCACAAACUGAGGGCGACUUUGAAACUCUUCUCCCCACUGACCAAACCACCACGGUGAUGCCAACGCAUAAACCUGACUUCAUCCCUGAGGGCCCCACCGUGGUGCCGCCUAGUUCACUGCCUAUAUCAAAGCUUAUCAAGGAGCAGGAAAUCACAGCAGUGAACUCACCUCUGGUGGUGGAGUAUGAAGACGACAUUUAUGGAAAUUUACAUGAAGACCUCUCAGUUUCUACAGUAACUGUGGUUCCGAAUAUUACUGAUUACGAGCAUAUUCUUGAAUACGAAGAUUUUUUGAACGACACACAGUAUGAAGAAUAUGAAAUAUAUGAAGAUGACUUUGACUUUGCAGAGCGGGAAAGAGCUGAGACACUGGAUGUUGAGGCUAUACUCAGAGCAGAGAAAGGCCAGAAAGGAGAACCAGCUAUUAUUGAACCGGGUUUCUUAGUGGAAGGACCCCCAGGUCCACCAGGCCCAGAGGGACUUCCUGGGCCAGCUGGACCAACAGGCCCUCCAGGACCCAGGGGAGAUCCAGGUGAUCUGGGUCCCCAGGGACGCCCUGGUCUUGCUGGGGUUGAUGGGAUCCCGGGUCCUCCAGGAACCCUGCUAAUGCUGCCAUUCCACUUUGGAGGUGAUUCACAGAAGGGGCCAGUAGUGUCUCCCCAAGAGGCACAGGCACAAGCUAUCCUGCAACAAACCAAGCUGUCACUCAAGGGGCCUCCAGGUCCACUGGGUCUUACAGGGAGACCAGGCCCAGUGGGUCUUCCAGGUCCACCUGGGCUCAAAGGAGACCAUGGAGACAACGGCCCCACUGGACCCCGUGGGUUGCCAGGACCUCCUGGAAUUAAUGGAAAGUCAGGCAAGAGGGGACGUGCAGGUGUGGAUGGAGGCCGUGGAGCUCCUGGUGAAACAGGUGCAAAGGGUGACAGGGGUUUUGAAGGCCUGCCAGGGCUCCCAGGAAACAAGGGACACAUAGGAGACAGAGGAAGGCCUGGUCCUUAUGGGCCUGUUGGAGAGUCAGGAGAGAAGGGAUCUGAUGGACCUGUGGGACCAAGAGGUCAACCAGGUGAACCAGGUCCUCGUGGUCUUGUUGGGUCAAGGGGGCCACCUGGGCAACCUGGCCAAAUGGGAAUUAGUGGAAUUGAUGGAGUCCAAGGAUCAAAAGGCAACCUGGGUCCAUCUGGAGAAAUAGGACCCCCAGGUCAACAAGGAAAUCCAGGAGUUCAGGGGUUUCCUGGCCCUCAGGGUCCUAUUGGAUUGCCAGGAGAAAAGGGUCCCCAGGGUAAAGAGGGCAUACGGGGCCUACCAGGCGUUGAUGGUCCUCCUGGUCACCCGGGAAGAGAAGGACCCCCAGGAGAAAAAGGCCUCCAAGGUUUACCUGGCUCCCAGGGACCUGUUGGAUACCCAGGCAGCCGUGGAGUUAAGGGAGCAGAUGGGGUUAGAGGUCUAAAGGGGAGCAAGGGAGAAAAAGGAGAAGAUGGCUUUCCAGGAGCAAAGGGUGACAUGGGUAUUAAAGGAGACAGGGGGGAUAGUGGUGCUCUUGGUCCUCGUGGAGAAGAUGGACCUGAAGGACCUAAAGGUCAGUCUGGACUUGUGGGAGAUGUGGGAACCCCUGGCGUAGCAGGGGAGAAGGGUAAACUCGGGGUGCCUGGUCUGCCAGGUUACCCCGGACGACAAGGUCCUAAGGGAUCACUUGGCUUCCCUGGUGUGACCGGAUCCCUCGGAGAAAAAGGAAGAAGGGGUCCUGCCGGUCAGCCGGGUUCUGGGGGUCAAAGAGGUCCUAACGGAUCCCGGGGGGGAAGAGGAGCAAAGGGGCCAACUGGAAAGCCUGGAGAAAAGGGAUCUGCUGGACAAGAUGGUCCUCCAGGAUCUCCCGGAGAACAGGGUCCUCAAGGGCCACAGGGUCAAAACGGAGAAACAGGACCUAAAGGACCCAAUGGUCUACCAGGAAAGGACGGAUUACCAGGUCAUCCAGGUCAGAGAGGAGAAGCAGGCUUCCAAGGCAAGACUGGACCUCCUGGGCCCCCAGGGGUCGUUGGGCCACAGGGGAAGUCUGGUGAGACAGGGCCAGCUGGAGAUAGAGGCCAUCCAGGUUCACCAGGACCACCAGGUGAGCAUGGUUUACCAGGAACUGCUGGAAAGGAGGGGGCCAAGGGAGAUCCGGGUCCAGCGGGAAUCCCAGGAAAGAGUGGCCCUCCUGGACUGAAAGGCUUCAGAGGAAGCAGAGGGACCCCUGGUGCAAUGGGCUCUGCUGGUCUCAAAGGUGGAGAAGGUCUACCUGGUGUUGCAGGGCUUACUGGUGCUGCUGGAGAGAGGGGUCCCGCUGGGCCUGCUGGAGCAAUUGGCCCGCCAGGACGAGCAGGCGGUGUGGGCCCUGCUGGGCCGAGUGGAGAGAAAGGCAUGCCAGGAGAGAAGGGAACCAUUGGGCCCGCUGGGCGCGAUGGGGAGUCGGGACCUGCAGGGUUGCCAGGGGUUGCAGGACCUCCUGGACCUCCAGGGGAGGACGGAGAUAAGGGUGAGACUGGUGGACCAGGCCAAAAGGGCAGCAAAGGAGACAAAGGAGAAUCUGGACCUCCGGGACCUGUUGGGAUUCAAGGACCUGUGGGCCAACCAGGACCAUCUGGGACAGAUGGUGAGCCAGGCCCUCGAGGUCAAAUGGGCCUGAAUGGACCUAAAGGGGAUGAAGGAUCUAGGGGCUUUAAGGGACCACCUGGCCCCUUUGGAUUACAGGGAAUGCCAGGACCGUCAGGGGAGAAAGGAGAGAGUGGGAAUGUUGGUUCAAUGGGGCCUCCAGGACAGCAUGGCCCAAGAGGCCCUCAGGGGCCCUCUGGAGCUGAGGGCCCACCUGGUUUGCCUGGAGGAGUCGGUCAACCAGGUCUUGUUGGAGAGAAGGGUGAGGAUGGGGAAGCAGGCGACCCGGGGUUGGUUGGGGAGCCGGGCCCUCCAGGCGUUAAAGGAAAUGCUGGCGAGAAGGGAGAUGCUGGUCCUUCCGGUGCAGCGGGGCCUCCGGGACCCAGAGGAACACCUGGAGAAGAUGGACCUAAAGGCAACCUGGGUCCUCUUGGAUUUCCUGGAGAUUCUGGCCCAUCAGGUGAACCAGGAGUCAAUGGGGUUGAUGGUUCACCUGGACCUAAAGGGGACAAUGGGGAAAUUGGAAAAACAGGACCGCCAGGAGCCUCUGGAGAGCCUGGCCCUCCUGGGCCACCUGGUCGGAGGGGUCAUGUUGGUGCAGCAGGAAAAGAGGGAAAACAAGGCAUGAAAGGAGACAAAGGAGCCACAGGAACUCUGGGUCCAGUUGGAAAGACAGGGCCAGUGGGACCCCAAGGCCAUCCAGGAAGGCCCGGUCCAGAAGGCCUUCGAGGCAUUCCAGGUCCUGCGGGCGAACAAGGUUUAAAUGGACCACCAGGACAGACUGGACCACCCGGACCAAUAGGUCCGCCAGGAUUACCGGGAUUAAAAGGAGACCCCGGAAGAAAAGGAGAGAAAGGCCAUGGAGGAUUGAUUGGUUUAAUCGGCCCUCCUGGAGAGGCUGGUGAGAAAGGUGACAGGGGCCUUCCAGGAAGUCAAGGUUUGCAAGGGUCCAAAGGAGAUGGGGGCGUGGUCGGCUCAUCUGGUCCAAUUGGCCCCCCGGGUUUACCCGGACUGUCUGGUGCAGCUGGUGAGAAGGGAUCUAAGGGGGAGAUGGGCUUUGUUGGUCCCAGAGGAGAUCGAGGGCCUGCUGGUCCUCCAGGACCCCCAGGACCCCCUGCAACAUUUGUUCAACCACUGCCAAUUCACGAAGGGAGAAGGAAAAGACGAAGGCACUCAGAUGAGGCAGGAGGAGCACCCCCGUUGACAGGGGAGGAUGUCCGUUUCAACACGGAGGAAUUCUUCCAGGGAGAUCAGCCUCUGGAAGAUGUAGAGGGAAUGGAAGAGGUCUUUGCUACCCUCUCUUCCAUGAAGAAUGAUGUGGAACUCAUGAGAAAACCUCUGGGGACAUUUGAAAGCCCUGCCAGGACCUGCAAAGAGCUCAUGAUGGUUCAAUCGAACUACAAAGACGGGGAGUACUGGAUAGAUCCUAAUCAGGGCUGUCACCGGGACUCUAUUAAGGUCUUCUGUAACUUUACAGCCUUUGGAGAGACCUGCCUCCACCCCGACAAAAAGAUUGCUAUGGUUAAAUUAUCCUCAUGGAACAAGGAGAAACCAGGAAGUUGGUUUAGCCAAUACAGGAGAGGAAAACAGUUUUCCUACAUUGACAACGAUGGGAACCCCGUGCAUGUAGUUCAGCUGACCUUCCUUAAGCUGCUAAGUGCCACAGCCAGGCAGAGCUUCACCUAUACCUGUCAGAAUUCAGCUGGCUGGUUUGACAGCGCCUCCCGCUCCUACCAGCAUGCUCUCCGCUUCCGGGGAAGCAACGGCGAGGAGCUGACACAAGCCAAGAGCCCCUUCAUUGCAACAGUGCACGAUGGAUGCCAGUCUCGCAAAGGCCAGGAAAGGACUAUUUUAGAGAUUGUCUCCCCCUCAGCAGAGCUGCUCCCCGUUAUAGAUGUUGCUCCAGCAGACUUUGGCAGCAACAGCCAGAAGUUUGGAUUCCAAGUUGGACAAGUCUGCUUCAACGGCUAAACCCAUCGACAGCCACAAACACAGAAGACCUUCACAGUAUGAGUUAAAAAAAAAAAAAAACUGGGCUGGCCACACAGCGUCAAGUUUUUCAUUGUGGGAUUCUGGUAUAUUAUUUAAGACUCGUCAGCAUUUUUUGUAAUAUUUUUGUGAAUUUCUAACAAUAAGAAAAAUAGCAAGAAAAAAAAUAUGCAGCAGUGAGGACAAAAGGGAAUUAUAGCAUUUAAAAAUAUUUAAUAUCUUUUCUUGUGGGCUAUAAAUGACUCUCUGGAUUUAGAAGGGUUACUCUGCUGCACAAAACAGAAGCAGUAGCAGUCAUAAACAACAAAGAUGUGUGCAGUAAAGGUCUAUAUUUUUUACAGCAGCAUAGGACAGUUAGUUUGGAUGUUUCAGAUAAAUGAUCUACCCGCCUGCUAGCUUCCUGCAAAAUCCAAGACUGAUUAAAUCUGAAUUGCAAUACUCAUCUGCAUGUUUGCAUUUCUCAAUAAUGACAAUUGCAAAGCAGUUGUGAAACAGCAGAGCAUAUUAAUUCCACACCAGCAUGUAAUUACAUUUCUAUUUGCAGAGAUGAUAAAUUGUCCUUUUUACCCUUUAACUGCAGUUUGCUCAGUGAAUUACCAUGUUGUGUAUUCAUUAGGUGCAGUGAGCUAUUGAACCCAACACUUACUUGACCGAAUAAGGCUGUUUUCCUUUAUGAAAUGCUUCCCUCCAUAGCCUUCCUAAUAGGGGUUUUGAGUCUGUCGUGUUUCUGCCGACCAGAGUUUUGUUUGUAUCAGAGCAACAUUCACUUAGCAGAGAUAAAUAAUCACUUAGGAUGAAAAUACAUUAACAGACAAACUAAAAGUAUGUUGCUUGUAAUGUUCUCUAGUCUAAACUGGAAAGCUAUACACCAAGAAACAUUUCAUACAUCUUUUGCUGACAUAACCUGUUUGCCAUUGCCUAACUCAGUUUUUUUUUCUUUCUUUUCCUUGUUCACAUGCUGAAUUUUGGACAGACAUCAUAGUUAUUCAGGCACAAUUUGCUCUUCUGUGGUGCUACAGAUAAUUCUGUUAUUUUUGUGUAAUGAUGUUUGUGCGCCUCUGUGGGCAUGAUUAUAGGACUGGAGAAUGAGAGGUUAUUGUUCCUUCAGCAGCACAAGACACUCAAACAGGGCUGGGACUACGGAUUUCCGUUUUAUUUGCACAUCUUCUGGCUGAUUGUGUCAUUUUCACAUAGCCAACGAAAAGAUACUGAAGAGUUCGGAGCAACAUGGUCGAUUGCUCUUAAGGGGAAAAUCCACUCGUAAGGCAAUUUUUGAUAUUCCAGGGAUUUUCAGAGCAAAACCUAGUAUCUUUAAACAACAAUCUCUUUAAACUAAAACUUAGAGAGUAUAAAAACAUGAUCUGAUUUGGAAACUAUCACAUUUUAAUUGUCACUGUAAAGAUAAUGGACAAUGGCUCUCAAAGAUUUGACAUUUGUCUUGAAAUACCAAGUUUUUUGAUGUCAGAAAUGAGACUGUUAUAAAUGAACUACUUUCUUCUAUUGUAACAUUUAUCCUGUACUAUGAAUUUUAAAAACAAUCAAAUCCAUUUGAAGGGGAAAAUAUAAAGUGCACCUGGUUGUAUAAGCGAUGGAAAAGCUGUUUGCACUGUUGCCUUGCAGCAGAAAAACUGCUGGCCUUUCUGAACGGAGUUUGCAUAUUCUUGUAAUGCGUGUGUGGGUUCCCUCCAUGCACUCUGGCUUCCUGCCAUAGGCCCAAAAUAUGCAGGUGUAGGUAAGGAAAGGGAAAACAUCACUUGUAUACAGCACUCUUUAGGUCACCCCACAUAUUUAUGCUAAAAAAUUUCUAUAGACUCUGGUGAGAACACCCCCAGCUUCAUUUUCUCCAUAUGACGGUCAUUCUUUUCUUUAUCAUUUGGAUAUAUGCUGAGGUGCAUAUUAAUGCAGAUGGAAGCACAGUUACAUGGCAGCAAGAAUGUCCUGGGUUUGAAGCCUGGGGUUUUUCUGCUUGGAGUUUGCAUAGUCUAAACUGGAAGCAUGGAUUCUCCAGCUUCCUCUCACACCAACUCCCCACCACUCUGUAAGGGGUUACAGACAAUGGAUGUAACCCAUUGUCUGCUACAAUGGACAAUUGUAACGGACAAUGGGCUACAAUUGUCCGUUACAAUUCAUCAUCCUAAUAGCAUAAUUGCCUAAGUCCUAUUUUUUAAAAUGGGACAAAGGCAAUUGUGUUAUUAAGCUGACAGAUUGUAACCCACUUGGCAUCACAGCGAGUGACGCCAGUGAAUUUUUGGCAUCAUUCGCUGUGAUGCCAAUAAAUGACAUAUCCCUUCUUUCUCAACUAUCUAGCAAAAACCAACCACUCUAGCAAAAUACUCAGAUUUAUCUAAAGACAACAAGUUAUCAUACUUUCUAUCAGAUUGUUUUCAUCAAAUCAUAAUUUUGCUUUCAUUCGUUUCAAAGAAAAGACUGUCUUCAAUCAUAUUUAUCUGGAGGAGUAAGAAAUUUUGUUUCUUCUAAAACACAACCCAUAUUUUCUCAUUUUUUUAACUUCCGUCACUGUGCAAUAUUAUAGUUAAUGCAUUUUUUUACAUGCUUCUCCUUAUUGAUACCAUUUACAAUAACAUCAUUUUGAUCCUUUGAAACUUGUUUACAAACUAUAGUUUUAACUUAAGGAUUAAAAUAUGGUAAUCAAAUGCAAACAAAAUCUUUUCCAAACAUUUUAUCUGUUUCUCAUUUUUGUCAGACUCGCUGUAAUUGAUAACAGGUGUUAACUCACGAAGACUGACUCCUGAAAUUGAAUCAAAUGCUCAGUUGAGUAUUCGCUUAAUAGUGUGGAAUAAGGUUAGCACAGCUUUUCCAUUUUACAUUCUUUCUUAUAUUUUUCCCCUUUGUAAUUGUACAGGAUACAUGUUACAGCAUAUGUGGAAAAAAUUAAAUGGUUGAUCAAAGUCUCAUUUUUUACAUCUUCAAACUCUAGUAUAUUUGCAUCUUAAGAGCCACUGUGAUUCAAAGACUCUGUUUCUACAUUCUGGAUUAAAUAUUGUUCUUUGGAUUGGCAAACGGAGCAGUGAGAUAAUGUAGAAAUGACAUACAGUAUGCCUGUAACUUACAUUUUUAUAGCCAAUUUUAUCUCAAGCAAGUGAAAUUUCUCAGUUCUUAACUACCUCCUCUGACUCAAACAGUAGAGUGCUUAAACAGCAUGUGUAACUAUACUAUUCCAUCCUGCUGUUAUGUUUGUUUGAUGGUGUUUGUGCAGUACAGUUGUUUUCCCCCUCCUCUCCUUGUCAAGCACUGCCCCUCUUGUGUAUAGUGUUCAUUGUAUUAAAUUUAUAAACUGUACAGUUCUUCCUUGGACUUUCUAACCAACAGCCUGUUGCCUGCAAUAAAGUGUAUUUUUCAAACGUU